AUGGGUGAGUCUUUGGUGGUUUGUGAUGUCGCUGAAGAUUUAGUGGAAAAGAUGAUAAAGUUUUGUUUUCACAAAGAAACGAACAAUGCUGCCAUUAUAAUGAAAAUUGAUAAGGAUAAACGCCUGGUGGUACUGGAUGAAGAGCUUGAGGGCAUUUCACUGGAUGAACUUAAAGAUGAACUGCCUGAACGACAACCUCACUUCACUGUGUAUAGUUAUAAAUACCAACAUGAGGAUGGAAGAGUUUCAUAUCCUCUGUGCUUUAUUUUCUCCAGUCCUGUUGGGUGUAAGCCUGAACAACAGAUGAUGUAUGCUGGGAGUAAGAAUAAGCUAGUCCAAACAGCUGAACUAACCAAGGUAUUUGAAAUAAGAAAUACCGAAGACCUAACUGAAGAGUGGUUACGUGAGAAACUUGGAUUUUUCCACUAAUGUGAACUG